UGGAUUGUUUAGAGUGGCCAGACCGCCAGGGACACAGAUGGCAGCGCGAACAGGAGGAGUAUCUAACGGGACAUGCUGCCAGAUUAAUCUAUUACAUUUCUGACUGCUGGUGUGACAGUGUGAGGCAUCACCAUGCCUCUGGUGAAGAGGAACAUCGACCCGCGCCACCUGUGCCGGGGGGCGUUGCCAGAGGGCUUAGGCAGUGAACUGGAGUGUGUGAUGAACAGCACCCUCUCCUCCAUCAUCCGCCAGCUCAGCAGCCUGAGUAAACAUGCGGAGGACAUUUUCGGAGAGCUGUUCAAUGAGGCCAACACCUUCUACCUGAGAGCCAACUCCCUGCAGGACCGCAUCGACCGCCUGGCCGUCAAGGUCACUCAGCUGGACUCCACCGUGGAGGAAGUCUCUCUGCAGGACAUCAACAUGAAGAAGGCUUUUAAGAGCAGUACCGCCCAGGACCAGCAGGUGGUAUCCACGAGGAGCGUUCCCAUCCCUGUCAAGGAGAUGUACAACCUGAGUAACAAACCUCCACCUCUCAACAUCCUCUCCAAAUAUAGGGAUGACCACAAGGAGGGGCUGAAGUUCUACACUGACCCCUCCUACUUCUUUGACCUGUGGAGAGAGAAGAUGCUGCGGGACACGGAAGACAAGAGGAAGGAGAAGAGGAAGAACAAAGAGCAGAAGCGUUGUGUGGACGGGACGUUGCAGAGGGAGGUGAAGAAGGUGCGUAAGGCUCGGAACCGUCGCCAGGAGUGGAAUAUGUUGGCCCUGGAUAAGGAGCUGAGGCCUGACCACCACCACACACACUCUCUCCACCGGGGGGCCACCUGCGAGGGAUCACUAUCCCCUGAGAUGAGGGGUCUUGGGCCUGACCACCACCAACGCCACUAUCCUCACUCUACCAAUCAUGCUGGUCACGCCCACACGUACUCCGGCCCGCCUCCCAGUCUCCUGGCUGCUCAGCUGGCUGCUCAGGGAAACGCCACUCUGGACCAUGCCUACAGGGGAUACAACCUGGGUCGCCCCCACAAUGCUCCACCUCCUCUCCCUCCCAUUGAGAACAUGAAUGGAUCCAUGUCUCUACGACCUGUGGACUACAGUAUGGAGGGAUAUGGAAAUGGCUCCCCUCCUCCUGCUCCUCUCAUGCCAUCUGCACAAUCUGCCUUUGCCACGCCCCCCGGAGGCCCACUUCCUCUUCCAGGUCUAAUGGGAUCAGUUGGUGUCUAUGCCCUGCCCCCACCGCCAAUCGCUGGGUCGCUGGUGGCUCCAACUCCCCCAAUGCCUCCGCCCCCUCCUCCAGGCUCCUCCUACUCUACCACUCCCAAGAUGUCCUCCGUGCCCCACAAUGCCCAGCCUGUUAAUGAUGCUCGUAGUGAUCUGCUGGCUGCCAUACGCAUGGGUAUCCAGUUGAAAAAGGGUCAAGAGCAGCAGGAACAGCAGGCUAAGAGAGAGCCUGUAGGGAACGACGUGGCCACCAUCCUCUCCAGACGCAUCGCUGUUGAGUACUCCGACUCCGAAGAUGACUCAGAGCUGGAAGAGAACGACUGGUCCGACUAACACACACACAUCACUCACUCAAAAGCUGAAAAGCACAUACAUGUGCACGUUCACAUCCACACAAACAAUAAACCACUAAAUGGU